AUGGAAUUAAAAGCUGCAGGAGAGAAAAGGCUACUACAAUUGAAUGAACUAGAGGAGUUUCGAAAUGAAGCCUAUGAGAACGCAAAAAUCUACAAGGAGAGAACUAAGAAGUGGCAUGACCAAGCUCUAGUAAGGAAGGAGUUUCAACCUGGGCAGCAAGUGUUACUAUUCAAUUCAAGGUUGAAGCUGUUUCCUGGAAAGUUGAAGUCAAGGUGGUCAGGACCAUUCACAGUAGUCAAGGUGUUUCCUUAUGGAGCGGUGGAGUUAAAAGGUGAAGGUCCAGCAAUUUUCAAAGUUAAUGGACAGCGUUUAAAGCUCUACUUGGGAGCUUAG